ACCAAAAGUGGACAUCGUCUGAUAUCCGCUCCACCUGCCAGCCUGCCAGCCUCUCCAGUCGGACAUUUGAUGCAGUUAGCCGUGUCCACCUCAACCGACGCUGACAUGCGCGCGCGCAUGCGCACAUACGGGCGUGUUGAUCACUCAAUCAUCUUUCGAACCAUCGUCGACGAAAUACAUGGUAUACUCGGCUCGCUUGCGCAAUCCAGUCGCUACCGCUUUACCAGUCCGGGGCAUAUCCACAAUGCCAACUCACAUCGCUCACUCGCGAUGUAUGUGGGCAUUGCAAGGAGGUUCCUGGCAUGCUCCGUCCAACGAGAUGGCAAUUCCCCGCUGUCGAAAAGGGAUCUCUUUCUCAACAAACAGAUUGCGAUCAUGUCACUGGCCGAUGCACUAUAUGUCGGUAUGGGGUUUGGGGUUUAACCCCGUGCCCGACUCGUCGACA